AUAUUCAUCAAAAAAAAUCUCUAAAAAAAGAAUGGGUGUCUUCACUUUCGUCUGCAGGACUUCCGGCGCCGAUUGGAACGCUAAACAGAUCACCGGCGAUCUUGAAGCAUCAGCCGACUCCACCUUCAAUCUUCAGAGAAAAUUAGUUCAGACCGUUCUUUCCGUCGAUUCUUCUGGCGGUGUUCAAUCCUCUUUCUCCUUCGUUUCUCCUUCUUCCGCUAUUUUCCAGGUUAUUAUUGGCGGUGGUUCAGUCGGUGGAGGAGCUGGGGCGGCGGCAGCAGCACCGGCGGCGAAAGCUGCUGAAGCUCCGACAACUGAAGAGAAGAAAGAAGUUAAAGAGGAGAGUGACGAGGAAGACUUUAAUUUCUCUCUAUUUGAUUAG